GUUUUGUCCUUUACUGCGGGGACGUACGGUCAUUUUGUGGCAUCUAUUGCAUAUCAGAUCCGCAGCUGCGAUUUUUCCCCAGUCGAUAUCAUUGUGCUUUCUUCUUGUUCUCCUUCUCUUGCCUUCACAUGUUUCUGUUUCUCUUACAAACUAUAAAUUAAUGAGCAAACGAGUACCGUGUAAUGAAUGUCGAGAACAUAAGCGUGGAUGUUCGGGCGAGAUGCCCUGCCAACGAUGCCAACGAUUCAACUUGGAAUGCGUGUAUACAGUCAAUAAAUCGCCCAAAGAUGAAGAAUAUAUCCAAGAGCUUGAGCUACGACAACAAAUGGAAACUUUACGAGAUCAUAUGGCGACCAUGGAAAAAGAACUAGACUUUUUACGGGUCAUGCAGCCUACAUUAGUAACGACUCACCAGACCUCGCCUUUCAGCAAAAGUUCUACGUUUACUUCGACGUCAGAUACCACCAGCACAGCUAGUCAUGGUUCUGUGUUUUCGCCACAACACUAUACUGAGCAAGAUUCACCAUCCACCACAGCAAGCGACCUUUCAGACGAGCAGCAGUCAUCGACAGACAAUGGAAAACAACUUAUCGCACGUAACAAAAAGGGAUAUUCGGUUACUGUGGAAUCCACGACGGCAGCAACGGGGAAAGCAGUCGAACCUUUAGAUUGGACCUUGACAGUCAACAACGGAAAAUUCUCGAUCCAGACGAAUAUACACAACCACAACGAACUCUUCAGCAGUUUACAAAAAAUCGUUAGCACACUCGAAUUCCAGGACAAGGUCCCUGCUUUGUUUGAGAAUAGCACAGAGCCCAGUCCAAUUGGAAAGGCACUGCGGUUUUUCAUGUGGAGACGGUACGGCAAGUCGCGAUACAAGAGCAUGGCACGAUCACAACGCUUGUUGUUGUUGGCAGCAAAUACACGAUCGAGUGCAUUUACUCAGUAUCCAAGUCCAUCGUUUGACAUUUUUAAACCUCUACGUAUACGACGGCCGAGUCGAAUUCUCCCCUGCUGCAAUGGCACUCUGUGCUGUGAUCUGUAUGCAUCCAUGCCGACAUGUACAAAUGGUCAUACCGGGCGAGCAACUGACGGAUUAUGGACGAUAUUAUGCUGAACGGGCGCAGGACGCUUUUGACGAUCGAUUCGACGAA